AUGACAAUAACCCAUUACACCGAUCGAGCGCGUGAUGGUGCCGGGUGGAUUGUCGCAGAGGUUACAUUCAUUUGCCCGCACAGUGCGGAGUGGCCUCAUGCCCAGGUCAUGUACCAUCAGGAGCACGCGGAUGCCUGGGCCAAAUUGACCAGCGCCGUGCACGAUGUUGGGGGCAAGAUUUUCUUUCAACCGUGGCAUGCGGGGAGGAUACAGAAUGACAACAUGCCGAUGUUGAAACAAUCUCAAUACCCAGUCUAUGCGCCUUCUAAGAUCCCCGCCAAGGGCGGGAAAUUCCGGACUCUGGAGGGACAGCCGGGCCACACUCACAAUAUCACCGAGAUGGAUCAUCCAAGGGAUAUUGUUGAGAAAUUCAGACACUCGGUCACGUUGGCCAAGAAGGCUAGGUUUGAUGGCAUUGAACUGUUAUCUCAGGGUGGUUAUCUCCUACACAACUUCCUCUGCUCCCACUCCAAUACCCGCACUGACCAAUACGGCGGCUCCGUCGCAAACCGGUGCCGAUUCCCCCUCGAAGUCCUCGACGCCAUCAUCGAGGUGUGGGGGUCUCGCGCUGUAGGAAUCAAAAUACGCCCAUCCGAUGACUACAACGACACCACGAUCUCCUAUGAUGAAUCUCAACCCAGGCCGAAGGAAAAGGAAUUGCCGGACAAGUAUGAGCCAUUGGCUCAGUUUGGAUCGCUUUAUACGGUUGAGGAGGCGACGGAACUCGUGAAGGAAGGGAAGAUUGAUCUUGUGACGUUUGCGAGACCGUUUAUUUAUAACCCGGUGAGUGGAUAUGAGUGA